AUGUCCGAGGGCGGUAAUAACCGAUCCUCUCAGGAACAGCAUUUUCGUCCCCGCCCCGGCUAUCCCGCUGACCACCCACUGGCGUACAACCAUCACUGUUGGGAUUGCAACCGCCUCGGCCAUUAUGCCAACAGUCCGGAGUGCUAUGUCCAGCGUGCGUCUGGCCACGCGGUGAUUUUUAAUAUCGACAACAACUCCACUCUCCAGACACGGCCCCAUGCUGAGAUGCGCUUCCCAGCAUCCUCUCGGGAUCGUUCGCGGUCUCCUGUGCGAGCUCACUCCAAUUUGCGCGCUCGAUCUCCUCUGUGUGCUCGAUCGUCCCAGCGAGAUACGCACAACUCGAACGACUCGUGGGGAGGUAGCUACUACAGCGACCCAACACAGUGGGACCACUCCCAUUUCACCGGUGGCCGGAGUGAUUCGAAUGAACACCGGACAAGCUCUGACCCUCGGCGUGACCGGAGAAAUGGCCAGCGCAGCCAGGCAACAACCUCGACUGCUGAACUAUCUUCCGCGAUUCGCUCUUCCGUUGAUGAGUGGGAAUACAACGCAGGAGGAGACCGGUCCAAUGGAGGAAAUGAGCACAGUGACAACUGGUAG